AUGCGUUGGAUAUUCCCCGUUCCAGUUCUCCUCAUGUCCUGGUUCGGAGUGGAGCAUGUAAAAGCCAACUCGUGCAUACGAACUGUAACAGCUACAGUCAGUGAGUCGUGUAGGGAGCUCGUUUUAAUACAGCCAACUUCCUCAGCCCGGACUAUAUACUGUUACGAGUGUGACAGCUGGACGGACAGCCGGUGUAAGGACCCCUUCAACUACACCGCGCUGCCCAGGGACCAGCCUCCGCUGCAGACCUGUAACGGAUGCUGCGUCAAGAUGGUGCGAUACUCCAAGAGCCCAUACGAGGUGGUCCGCCGCACGUGCACGUCCCAGCUGCAGAUCAACCUGUUCAUGGUGGAUCACGUGUGCAUGAUGGAAAGUACAGGCACUGGUCACAUGUGUUUCUGUGAGGAGGACAUGUGCAACGCCGCCUCCCGCGCCGACCUCCCCCUGGCGCUCGCACUGGUCUUGUUAGCAUGUGCAUGUUGCAGGUGA